GGCAUCACAAGCACCUGACCGGCACCACGCGGCAUGUCCGCGUAUGCCACGCCAGUAGAGGCCACACAAGGCGAAGCACAGGAGGGACAGGAGGGACAGGAGGGACAGGAGGGACAGGAGGGACAGGAGGGUGCAGGCCAAAGCGAGAGGGGCACGUCCAACAGCCUCCGGGCUUUGGAAGACGCCACUCUGGAGGAGCUUGCGAGCGCAUUGACCACGCAGCUGGGCAAGGAGGAAGAGCGGGUGCAGGUGAAGCUUCAGAAGGUGCAGCAGGCCGAAAAGGCCUUGGAGGAGAAGCGGCAACAACUGCAGCUCCUGGAGAAGCGGAUCUUCGCCUUCAUGGACUGCAAGGACGAGGUCAUCGAGUUGAACGUGGGAGGUCAGCACAUAAGCACCACCCGGGGUGUGCUCUGCAGCGCAGACGGCUCCAUGCUGGCAGGCAUGUUCUCGGGGAACUUCGACAGCGGCCACCAGCGAGACAAGGAGGGUCGGAUCUUCCUAGACGUGGACCCGCCCCUCUUUGAGAAGGUCUUGAGGCAUUUGCGUCUCCGGCGCAUCGCCAGCCCAGACCACCCCGCGCCACUGCCCCACGUGCCGGAGGAGCUGAAGGCGGAAUGGGACAUGAUGAUCAAGUACUUCGGCCUGGACAGCUUCAUGUACGGACCUGCGCCCUUGAGUGUCAACAUUUUCGCCAGGAUCGCCGAGCUGGGCCGAGUGGACCAGUCCAAGCUCCAGGAGAACGACCUGGUGCGGCUCAGCCUGAGUUCCACUGGAGGAGUGCCCUCCUCUAGCCACCAGGAGGUCCUGGGUGAGUGUGGCUUCUCCGAGCGCUCGCUGGAGAAUUCCUACGGCGCGCACCCGAAUUCCAUCAGCAUCAAGUUCCUGAAGCACCGAGUCAAGGUGGAGGCAAUGGAGCUGCGGGCGAAGAUCGCCGACGUGCUUGCUCACAUGUCCAACAAGUGGACUUUCAAGCACGGCAGCGACUGCAUCAACAUGUCGUACUCCUUCUCGCGCUCGGAGCCCUCCACUGGCCGCUUGGACGCGCCAGGCCAAACCUUUGUGGAUGAGGUGCAAUGGGUCUUCCCCAGGGACUUCUGCCUGGAGCACAUCGUGUUGCACGGCCAAGUCUUGGAGAAAGGCUCAGGACCUAGUAGUUGACUGUGGGUUGACCAUCCAAGGGUCCUGGGAAUUGAAGGCCGAGUGCAGAGUUUGAAUGAGCCUCCCCGUGCGAGCAUGUGAGCGCGCGUUUUUCGACACACUGGUGAGAUAAAAAAAAGGCCACACUGACGAC